UUCCAAUUACUCGCCUGGGCCUGGUUGCUAAGCGCACUUGACCAUUUGAACAAGAUCAAGGCAAAUAAUAAUCACAAGCUUUCGGAGACGAUUUUUAGAAAGUUAUGCAUCCCUCUUUAGCUCCUCAUCUUCAUAGCGAGUGCCUAGAAGUUAUAGAACAACUACAUCGUUGUCAUCAGGAGCACCCCUUUCGAAAGUUUGUAGGAAAAUGUAACGACUUAAAGCGGGCCUUGAACGCUUGUCUAAAAGAAGAGAAUUUGAGGAAAAGAAGAAGAAACUUAGAAGAGGCAAGGAAGAGAGAAAAGGCUGUUAGAAACCCUUAUUCAGAAUAAUGGCUGUGAAGAAUGAAUAUGUGAUCUUAAGACUGAUCGAAUGUCCUUAAAAUUAACAGCUUUGUGUAGUCACAGGUUGUUUGGCUGUUUGAAUGAGGGUACAUGGACCUCUGUGGAUGGCCAGGUUUGGCUAACUAGAAUUGUCAAGUCUGACACAAAAAUCUGCAAGUUUUGUUAUGCGUAACAUUUCUUUUUACCUCAACUGUCAUUUCAGAAAUAAUCAUUCGUGAGUUGGUUCUGUUUAUAACAUAUAUGCUGUACUAUCCAAGCUAGGCAGUGUGCUAUGUAAUGUAUCAGUGUUUAUUAGGCUAACCAGAGUGUUAUUUAGGCUAAGUGAAGUGGUUUUAAGGGCCUGUUUACAAGAAGAGAGGGUUACCCUAGCAAGCUGGUCACCCUAGCACUCACACAUUUCCUCUUUUUUUCUUUGCCGUCUUUACAAGGCAGCUGGGGUUACCAGGGUAGGUGGGUUACCCUAUCUGCGUGCUAGGGUUACCCAGGCAGACAAGUUAACUUUUUCCCUUGUAAACACUCCAGGUAGGG